AUGCGAAGGACUGCGAGUCCAAACAAUCUAGAGGAAUUCGAUCAUGAGCCUAAACGUACUUGCAAUCGGCGCAGGAUAGAUUUGAAUUUAUUGCAGAACCUGCAGGCUGUAGCAGUGUUACCUGUGGUCAUGGCUAAUAAUCAACCAGCGAAAGUGAGAGAGGUUGCAGUGCCUCGUGUGGCGGAUGUCACCUCAAGCAUUGUCAAGCCCACCAUCGAAGGGCACUUUGAGCUGAAGCAUCCUAUGAUUCAAUUACUUCACUCUAGUGGGAAAUUCAUGGGAAUGUCGCACGAGGAUCCUCAGCGUCACAUCCAUACUUUUCUGCAGAUUGUGGAUACUUUUGCUACUGGAAGGGUCACUAAAGAAUAUGUGUGGGUGACACUGUUCCCCUUCUCUCUAUUGGGGAAUGCCAAUAACUGGUUGUUAGCCGAGCCCGCUAAUUCUAUCACUACAUGGGAUGAUUUGGCGAUGAAAUUCUUGACAAGGUUCUUUCCACCAGCAAAGACAGCUCGCCUCCGAAGGGAGAUCAUGUCAUUCAGGCAGAAAAAUGGAGAAAAAUUGUAUCAAGCAUGGGAGAGGUUUAAGGGUCUUCUCAGAGAUUGUCCUCACCACCAUCAGACGAAUGAAGUUCUGGCACACACAUUUAUUGAGAGUCUGGAUGCCCAACAUAAGUCAUCACUAGACACUGCGACAGGAGGGCAGGCUCUUGAUCUAAGCUAUGAAGAACUAUUCACACUGUUGAACAGGUUUACUCAGAGCACUCCAGACUGGCAGGAUGAUGCAGCUAGCAGUUCAGUUAGGAAGGCACCGGGUGUCUUUGAAGUGGAUAAUUUUACAUCACUAUCAGCACAGAUUGAUGCUAUGCGCAAUGAAAUCAAGAAGUUAACUGCUGCGCAAGCUCUACCACAAGUGCAUGUAGUGCAACAAGUCAUUUUGUUUUGUGAAGUCUGUGGAGAAGGGCACAACAGUGAUGAAUGCCCUGCAAAUCCUGCAUCCAUAUACUUUGUGGGUAAUGAAAGCAAGGGGCAAGGAAACAACAAUCAAUACGGGAAUUCCUACAACCCAAAUUGGAGGAAUCACACGAAUUUCAGGUGGAGUGACAACCCAGUUCUGAGGUGUAACAAUCAGAAACAGAACUACCAGCCAGCAUCUGCUCCUCAAGCACCCACUAACAGUAUGGAAGAGAUGAUGAUAGACCAGCAGAAGUUGAUAGCAGAUAAUCAGAAUCGUGAUUUGGCUGUGCGGAAUUUAGAGAGGCAGAUGGGACAGAUAGCUGGUGCACAAAAUAGUAGACCACAUGGAGAACUUCCAAGUGAUAUGGAUGUGAAUCCCAAGCCUUGUAAUGCUGUGACUCUUCGAAAUGGGAGAGAACUAGAGGAAGUGGCUCCGAAGAAAACCAGUCGAGUAGAAGCUGAAAAAGAGAAGAUUACCAAGGUGAUAAUUGAAGAAGAGAGGGUAGCCAAGACACCAGUGACAAAGCAGCAACAACCCAUGGAUGCAAAGCCACCACCUCCAUUCCCUCAACGUCUGGCAAGGCAGAAAGAAGAGGCGACCUACAAGAAGUUUCUUGAUUUGCUUAAGCAGGUACAUGUGAAUGUCUCAUUGGUUGAUAUGUUGCAGGGUAUUCCAAAGUAUGCUAAGUACAUCAAAGAUAUUAUUGCAAACAAAAGCCGAUUUGCAGAGUAUUCCACCGUUGCACUCACUGAGGAGUGCACUUCGCGGAUUCAAAACAGGUUGCCCACUAAAUUGAAAGAUCCCGGAAGCUUCACGAUAGAGAUUUCUAUUGGAAUGCAGGUUGUUGCUCGAGAACUAUGUGAUCUUAGUGCAAGUAUAAACCUGAUGCCUUCAUCUAUCUUCAGAAAGCUAGGUUUGGGAGUGCCUAGACCAACCACUAUAGUUCUUCAGCUGGCGGACAGAUCGUUAGCAAGGCCAGAAGGCAUUAUUGAAGUUGUACUGGUGCAAGUUGGGUGGUUGAUAAUUCCUGCAGACUUCGUGAUUUUGGACUUCGAGCCAGACCCGGAAGUCCCAUUUAUUUUGGGGCGUCCAUUCUUGGCCACAGGGAGAGCACUUAUUGAUGUAGCUGCCGGGCAGCUCACCAUGAGAGUACAUGAUAAAGUUGAGUUCUUCAAUGUAUACCAAGCUCUGAAAAUGCCUGCAAUUUAUGAGGAGGUGUCCGCUAUUACUGUUCUGAAUGAUGAUACGCGAAGGCCACUCAUCACUUCUCAUGAUCCACUGGAGAGAGCCUUGGUGGGGGAUGAUAUGUUUGGUGACACGGCAACAUUUGAGAUGGUGCAGAUUCUUGAGAUGGCAAGUAUUUAUAUUCGGGUAGGCGAGUUUGAGCACUUAGACAGGACAAUGGGAGUAACUCGGAAGUUAUCAAUUGAAGAGCCUCCGAAGUUGGAAUUGAAGCCCUUGCCCGCCCAUCUUAAAUAUGCAUUCUUAGGCGAGGGUGAUACAUUGCCAGUGAUAUUGGCAGAAGAGUUGACCACCUAA